AUGGGUAACUGCAAUCAUAAUUUUGUUUUCGUGCUUCCUCUGAUCAUUAUAAUCUCUCUGUUUAAUAGCACUGCAGGGGAACAAUCGAACAAGCAAGUGGAUUCAGUCUGCAAUCAAACCCCAAAUCCAAAGUUCUGUGUCGAUGCCAUAUACACCGAUCCUAGUGCUUCAGACGCUAAUAUAGUUGCACUGGCUUAUAUCUCUUUCCGUUUAGCAAGCACCAACGCUACAAACACACUAUCCUUCAUUACUGAUCAUCAUAAUCCAAACAAUGGGUCUCACGGUGUAACACAGGAGGAGGGUCUGAAACAAUGUAGCCUUGAUUACCAAAAGGCAGAGAAUGCACUUGAGGCAGCCCUAGCCGACUUGGACUCGGAUACUUAUGAGCUUGGACAGUACGCGGCUGUUGCUGCUCAGUCCGCAGUACACUGCGAGCAUAGCUUGAAUGCAACUAAGAUGAUAUCUUCAUCAUUACAUUCCGAAUUGACUAGGAGGAAUACAGAUUUGAAACUACUGGCCGGUAUCUGUUCUGUGAUCUCAUCAAUGCUUGUUACGUAA